AUGUUGAGACUUCUUAGCAACGUUUUCACAGUUUUUCUCGCUUUGCAAAAUGCGCAGGCGCAAAUUGCUUUCACCGAUCUGCCCUGCACGGCACGCCAGCCAAAGGUCGUUGGUGGCAGCGAGGCGGCACGCAAUGAGUUGCCUCAUAUGGUGAGUCUAAUGCGUCGAGGUGGACACUUUUGUGGCGGUACCAUUAUACAUGAACGCUGGAUACUCACCGCUGGUCACUGCACGUGCAAUGGACUGCAAAAGUUCAUGAAACCCGCCCAGAUUCAAGGAGUUGUCGGCAUGCAUAGCAUUAAGGAAUACCAGGCUGGUCAAAAUAGUCUUGCCGAGGGGCAGGACACCUUACGAGUGGAUUUCAAGAGCAUUGUGCCACAUCCACAAUAUGACUGCCACAAUGUGAAGCAUGACAUUGCGCUGCUGGAAGUGUUGCAGCCGAUUGGCUUCACGGCGCACAUUCAACCCAGCUGUGUCAGCUCGGAGAGAGAAGAAAGUCGUUCCUUGGAGCUGGAAUAUGGCACGGUCUUCGGCUGGGGCUGGACACAGGAGAAUCAGUCAGAAGGCGAUCGCUCCGAUGUCCUGCGCAAGGCUACCAUUCAAAUAUGGAACAACGAUGAAUGUGAGCGAUCUUAUCGAGCGCAGGGCAAGUCCAACACCAUCGGUGACACCCAGCUGUGCGCCGGCUAUGAGAAUGGCCAAAUUGACGCAUGUUGGGCUGAUUCCGGUGGCCCCCUGAUGUCCAAGAAGCACUAUCUACUGGGCGUCGUCUCCACGGGCAUUGGCUGCGCUCGUCCAGGACUGCCAGGCAUUUAUACGCGGGUCAGCAAAUACGUUAAAUGGAUCCAAAAUGUAUUAAGCAACAACAAGUAA